AUCAACAAGAAAGGCGCCAACUUUAUCCGGUCGCUGGAGUUGAAGCUUUCAGUUUUUUUGGUUACUUUUUAUUUUCCAAUAAGUUUGCGACGAUGUCUGAGAAUACGUUUCCCGUGUAUUCAGUGGAUGCGAUAGUGAACUUUUAUCGAACUGAAGUUCUCACUGGUCAAGAAGCAAAACACUUCACAAAGAGCGACUUGACUCCUCACAUCAAGCCAGAAGCAGUUCAGACCUUAUACAUGAGAGUUUUGCAUCUCCUGUAUCGUUUCAGGCCUGAGUGUCAUUCCAUGGUUCCAUUUCUGGAGAACAUUCAGUAUCCAGCCUAUCACGAAGGGGCCACGGCUAUCAUGAGUGUCUACACACGCAUGCGGCAGUUCCUGCCUAUGUGCUUGGUGUAAUGAUUUUCACUCAGUGAUCUGCUGGCUCCAAAAAAACAGAAGACACUAAACAUUCUGAGUGGCAUCAUGAACUUUCUCCACUUCAGAAAGCAGAGGAUACAGGUCGUCCUGGACAAGCAGGCUAAAUUUCGGACAGACAUGGACAGACUGCAGGCUUAUAUGAAAGGCAACAAGGAAGCAGAGAAGAAGAUAGAGAUUCUGACGACCAUCCCACCAGAGCAGCAGGCUGAGGCGGAUGAGCUGGCAGCAGCUCUCUCUGAACUACAGGCCACCACCAUGCAUGAAUACCAGGAAGUGAAUGCCAGAAACGACAGCAUCGCAGAGUGGAAAGCCACAAUAGCAGAGAAGACCCAGAAACUGGCCCAGGUGAAGCUGGACAUCAGCAACCUGAAGGAAGACCUCAGCAAACUGAAGUCUCAGAUCGUGGAAUCUCCAGAGGAACUGAAGAGCCAGAUGGAGAAGAUGAGGGAGAAUGUGAAGAACAUCAAAAACUCCAUCGAAGAAACAGACGAGCGUGUGGUGGAGCUGCAGAACAUGGUGCAGAGCGUGACUCACACUGAGGCUGAGAUCCAGCAGAUGUAUGGCCUACUGCAGGACCUGGAGAGCAGCAUGAACAACACCAAGCAGCGGCAGGAAGAGCACCAGGAGCUGAUGGCCCAGUAUGAGAAGAAGCAGAAGGAGCUGAAAAACCUGUGCAUCGAGGAAGGACAGCUGAAGCGAGCUCUGGGCAUGAAGGAUAAGGAGUGCAAACAGAACAUCCGCAGGCAGAAGAAGAGAGAGAUGAAGGAGCAGCACGUUCAAGAAGUGCUGGGGCAGUGUAACCAAAUUCAUCAGAAGCGUGAGGAGAUGGCCGACAAAAUCCAAGAGAUCUCCGCUGAGACGCAGAAGCUGAAGGCGAGCAUUAAGAGCCUGAGAGACGUAUGCAGCAAAGAGACGGAGAAGGCUCAGGCUCUUUAUGACACGCUGUCCAUGUCCAUGGAUGAGAUGCACAAGAGGUUUGAGAGGCAUACCACGGAUUUGAAACUGAAUAUCACCAAGAUGUCUGCAAACUUCUAACCUGAUUACUUUUCUGUUUUUUGACCAUUAUUACUGAUCUGUUUUCAUUUUUACUGUUGUAAGCCUUUACUGUUGUAAGCCGGCUUACUGUUGUAAGCCGUCUUAGUAUGUAAGUGAUUCAGAUACACUCUGUAUAUUAAUGAAGUUGAAUUUUGUCAUGUUUUGACAUUCAUAAAUAAAACCAGUCCAGUAAGACGACUGUCUAAUAUUUAGCA